AUGAGAUCCAACAUCAGGAUAGUUAGCCCAGCAGGCCGGGCAGCGCUGCAAUAUGUUCAACGGAGGAACUUCUCGUCGUCCUUGAGAUGCAAUGCACAGUGGGGGUUUAUAGGCCUCGGCCAAAUGGGGUACAAUAUGGCUAGGAACCUGCAAGCAAAACUGCCCUCCUCAGAUACCCUCCGAGUCUACGAUAUCAACCAAGAAUCUCUAAACCGAUUCGUGGACGAGACAAAGGCUUUGUCGAAGGGGGCCGCUGUGCAACUCGCUUCCAGUGUGAGGGAAGCAGCGGAAGAUUCUGAAACAACAAUCACUGUCUUGCCUGAACCGUCCCAUGUCAAGAAAGUAUUCGGAGAGCUCCUCAAGCCGGUUCUUUCUACUCAGCGAGUUGCAAACCCAGACCGUCUCUUUAUCGAUUGCUCUACAAUCGACCCAGCUUCUUCGAGAGAAGUCGCUAGUGCCGUUCAUUCUACAAACCAAGGUAGCUUCGUUGAUGGCCCGAUGUCGGGUGGAGUUGUUGGCGCCACCGCCGGAACUCUAACAUUCAUGGUUGGCGCCCCCGACUCCUUAUUCCCCCGCGUCGAAUCAAUUCUCUUAAUGAUGGGCAAAAAAUCUCUUCAUUGCGGCGCCCAAGGCGCCGGUCUCUCAGGCAAACUGGCAAACAACUACCUUCUGGCCAUAAACAACAUCGCCACAGCCGAAGCCAUGAACCUAGGUAUCAAAUGGGGUCUCGACCCCAAAGUCCUCGGCAACCUGAUCAACAUCAGUACCGGCAAGUGCUGGCCGAGCGAGGUCAAUAAUCCCGUAAAGGGCGUUGUGCCUGCCUCUCCGGCGAAUAGGGAUUAUAGCGGCGGCUUCGGCAUCGGGCUCAUGAAGAAGGACUUGAAACUUGCGAUCCAGGCUGCCGGUGAAGCGGGAGCACGUCUCGAGCUCGGUGAUAGAGCGCGAGAGGUCUAUGAGUCUGCUGAGAAGCGGGAGGAUUGCAAGGGGAGGGAUUUCUCUGUAGUUUAUAGAUAUCUUGGAGGGAAAGAAUAA